AUGCCUCUUGAGGCUUACCCCACCAGUAGGCCUCCUAGUUCUAUCAACACAAGGACCACUACUGGGACCUGGAUGAGCAGCAACUCUGUAACUACCCCACGCAUUCCUGGCAUCACUAACCUUCCACUCACUGCAAAGCCAAGCACCAGCCUUCCAACGGAUAUGAUGACUUCAAGCAAAUUGACAAGUUCCACUCCGACCAUCACCAAGCCUUCAGAGACAUCAAUGACUACCACCCAGACUCCCUCCACCCGUACAUCACACAUGACAACUUCGACCACUACUCAGAAAACUACACAGUCAAGGUUGACCACCACCCCAGGCUCCUGUGACAAUGGUGGGACCUGGGACCAAGGUCAGUGCCUCUGCCCCUUGGGAUUCUCUGGUGACCACUGUCAGCUUGAGGACAUCAUGUGCCAGAAUGGGGGCAAAUGGGAUGGCCUCAAGUGUGUGUGCCCCAGCACUUUCCAUGGCUACAUCUGUGAGUUCCCCAAGGAACAGGUGGCUCUAGACACUGUGGAUGUUGAAGUGGGCAUGGAGGUAUCUGUGGACCAAGAGUUCUCCCCUGACCUCAAUGACAACACAUCCCAGGCCUAUAGGGAUUUCAGCACAACCUUCCAGAAUCAGAUCCAGAAGAUUUACCAAAAUGUGAAGGGCUUCCAGGGUGUGGAGAUCCUGACCCUGAGAAAUGGCAGCAUUGUGGUGGACUAUCUGGUCCUGCUGGAGCUGCCCUUCAGUCCCCAGCUGGACAGUGAGUAUGAGAAGGUGAAGACGGAACUCAAGGAGGAGCUCCAGAACGCCAGCAAGGAGGGAACCGACUGCAGUGACAACCACACUCUCUGUUUUAAGCCUGACUCGGUCAAGAUGAACAAUAGCAGCAGGACUGAACUGACUCCGGAAGGCAUCUGCCGCCGGGCCGUUGCCAAGGGCUACGAGGAUUUCUACUUCCCCUUGGUUGAGGGGAAGCAGCUCCGCUGCGUCACCAAUUGCACAUCGGGCCUGGACGGCGCCAUCAAUUGCAACCAAGGCCAGUGCAUUCUGGAAAGGAGCGGUCCUACUUGCCGGUCCGAGUCCCAGGACGGAAAAUGGGCAGACUUCUGGAAUGAGGAAGUCGUAGGGACUUUUUCAAAUUUGGGCUUCGAACAUGACGGAACAGUCAAGGACGAAAACUUCCAGAUAGUCUUGGAGAAUGUGGACACCAAUGUGACGGUGCAGAUCCAAAGGCCUGAGGUGGCCUUCUCCUCCAUUUGA